UUUUUAUGUUUAUUUACCAUAAACUCGCGACCUAGGCACACCUGUCACAUUCACAACAAAUUCAAAAACGCAAUAGAAAUGUAACCAAAAAUAGAUACAAAAAUGAGUGCAAUAUUAAAAUUUAUUCGUGAAAACCAUAUACUGGCCCUUAUUGAACAGGCUAUAGUCAAAAAGAAAUCCCGGCUGAGUUUGAACGCGUACGAAAUCAUUGAAAUCCCGGAUUUGCUUUACACCUGUUCCGAUGUCGAACAUUUGUAUUUGCAUAGAAAUAAAAUAACAGUGGUCCCUCAGGAAAUAACACAGCUAGUGAACCUAACUACGUUGACGCUAGAUUAUAAUAAUAUAACUCAUCUUCCGCCGGAGAUUGGUAACUUAAAAAACUUGGUGAAUUUGAACAUCAGCUACAAUCCUCUAAAGGUUUUGAUCCCGGAAAUUGGUGAACUUGAAAAUUUGGAGGCGUUCUGGUGCAACAAAAUACAACUGCGGGAGAUUCCCAAGGAAAUAGGGAAGUUGGAAAAACUAGACACGUUCGGCGCGCGGGGAAAUGAGCUGGUUGCUCUACCUGAGGAAAUCACCAAGUUAUCUAAAUUACGAUGGCUUACGCUAGAGAACAACUUUAUAGAAACACUACCAGAGACCAUGGACUGUAUGGAUUCCCUAGUCCACUGCAAUUUGAAGAACAAUAAGGUUAAGGAGUUCCCUGUGUCUAUACUCAAGUGUCCGGAUCUUAUGUUUCUGCAGCUAAAUAAUAAUCAGAUAUCGUAUCUCCCAGCAGACUUCGACACUUCUUACCUUUCCGUUCUGGAGAUGAUCGACCUUCGCCAAAACCCGAUAUGCGAACUAUCUCAUCCUGAACAUCCGCUAGUAAGAUACGAUGAAGAGCUGCCAUCACCGGACGGUACUCUGGGUGACUUAUCACCCCAACCCUCAAGCAGCAGUCGGCACGGAGCGGCCCAGGCGCUCGCCAUCAAUGCUACCGCGCUCCGACUGCCAGCUGUGCCACCUAAUCGACAUGCUGAGCCUAUGGUUAUUGCUGAAAUGGACCUGGACGCGUCAUCAGUGGAGUCAUCAGAAGAUUGGGAGAAUAGUGUGAACAGUUCAGAGUUGGAUGUCCAGUACCAAAGCGAUGAGGAAAGAGCUGAAAAUGAGAUUGCACAAUUCUUUCAGGCUGUUGGCAUGGUCCUGCCCGAAUUAUCCCGCUACGCAUCAACCGCAAGCUGAAUUAUUUACAAAAAAGAAGAAAAAUAUAAAAAAUAAUCAAAAUGGCGCCCAAACCACAAUCUUGGGGAUAUUCCGUAAGUUUAAAUAAAUAAUAAGCAUUCUGAAUUUAAAAGAACUGGCUGUUUUCUAAAUUAAAAAUGUAUUCGAAAUUAAAAAUGACACUGCCAUAUUUCGAACUCAGAUUUUUUUUAAAUGUCAGUAAGUAUUUAUGGUCACAAUUUUUUAAAUAACCAUUAAAGUGUCUACUAUAGAAAUAGUACCUAUAUAUCAUUCAGUAAUAUAGAAUUUAAGUAUGUAAAUUGUAAAGGAAAAUUAAUUCCUAGGGCUAUGUUUUUAUAUACAUUUUGAGCUAUAAGAUACCAAAUACAAGCACAAUUUUCUACAACACAAUAUUCAUAUUUUAAGUCGGUUAAAAAUGUUUCGGACCGUACCAAAUCCCCAGCAUGCUUUAAAAACCUUCUUAUUGAUAUUAAAACAAGUAAAUAAGGGAUUGAAAAAAGUUUUUAUUAUAUUUUCUUUAAUAAUGUUGGCUAAACAGAAUACUAAGUAUAAUAAUAUAAUUAUGUUUAUGAUUAGUGCUAUAACAAGGUAUAAUAAUUCUCGGCAUUAAUGUCCGUUUACACCAAUCACCCACGUAGCAUCUAAAGUAAUCUUUGUUAGGUGUCACUUGUUGUUAAAUGUCACCUAUCUUAGCUUAGGGGUUCCUUAAAUUUUAUGAGAGGUUGGUGAAAAGCGGCUGUUAGAUAUUUACGAGAUAAAUUGUAUAUCAUUUUCUAUGUCAGACUACUCAUUACGGUUUACGAGAGAUAAUGGUUAGUCUCAGUCUCAACAAUAUAUCUGAUGGUAUAGUCCCAGGCACGUGGUAGCAUGGUAUAGUAAGAUUUAGUCCUGGUGGGGGUAAGGGCAUUUUCUCAUUAUUUUUUAUUUUUUUGACUGUUGAUGAAGCGGAAGAGGUAUUAAGAAUCGUAACAAUUGGCGUUCCAUAAUCUCUGCCUACCCCCAUGGGAGACAGGCGUGAGGUUAUGUAUGUAUGCCUAUAAGUAUGACCGUCAUUUAGUUUCAAAUUCAAUCAUGUCUCCAUCAACGGUCUAUAGAUGGUCACCGCUAACCAACGGCUUAAUCAUGACUACUUGGAAGGAAGUUAACCACUUAGAGCAGAGCUUUUCUCAAUAUAUUCACGUGAAUAUUUCGUAAUUUAUAGUAGCGUAUGACUAGCGACCCGCCCCGGCUUCGCACGGGUGCAAUAUGCAUGUAUUAUACAUAUACUCUAUCAAUUAAAAAAAA